AUGUCUGUAAAGAAAAAGUGGGGCUCGCAAAUCUUUAUCGAGUCCAAUCAUAUAAGGAUCGAGAAUCUACUGAAAAUUGUCAUCCCAAAGAGCAAAUAUCAUUCGCUUACGAAUAACUUUUAUCGGUUUGCUGUAUGUCACACAUUUCCCACUAAUUCGCCUGCGACAAAGUGGUCUCAACUAUCUGUCUCACACCCUUAUCUCCAAAUACACAUCCAUCUGGCUCUAGAUUUGAUUAUCAUUCCAAUCAGUUUGCACUUUUCUGACUGA